GCCGCGGCGAGGCCGGCGCCCCCGGGCGCGAUGGCAGCGGUGCGGCUGGGCGGCGGCGGCGGCGGCGCGCGGCGGCUGCGCGUCCUCCUGUCGCCUGUGACGCCGGGGAUGCGCGCGGGCCGCUCCGCGCCCACGGCCGCGUUCGGGUCCUCUGUGACCUCCGGCAAGGUGACCGUGAACGGCGUCCAGCUGCACUACCAGCGCACAGGCGAGGGCCCACACGCCGUCCUGCUGAUGCCCGGCAUGCUAGGGUGCGGAGAGACGGACUUCGCGCCACAGAUUAAGAGCCUGAGCAAGAAACUCUUCACGGUGGUGGCCUGGGACCCGCGGGGCUACGGGCACUCCAGACCCCCAGACCGAGACUUCCCGCUGGACUUCUUCGAGCGGGACGCGAAGGACUGCAUCGACCUGAUGAAGGCGCUCAAGUUCCAGAAGGCCUCCCUGCUGGGCUGGAGCGACGGGGGCAUCACAGCCCUGGUGGCCGCCGCCAAGUUCCCCACCUUCGUCCACAAGAUGGUGAUCUGGGGCGCCAAUGCCUACGUAACCGAGGAGGACGACCGGAUCUACCAGGGGAUCCGCGACGUGUCCCAGUGGAGCGAGAAGACGCGGAAGCCCCUGGAAGCCCUGUACGGCCGCAGCUACCUGGCCAGGACCUGCGAGCAGUGGGUGGACGGGAUCGGGCAGUUCAAGCAUCUUCCCGACGGCAACAUCUGCCGCCACUUGCUGCCCCUGGUGCGCUGCCCCACGCUGAUCGUGCACGGGGAGAAGGACCCGCUGGUGCCGCGCUUCCACGCCGACUACAUCCACCAGCACGUGGCCGGCUCCCGGUUGCAUCUGAUCCCAGAAGGGAAGCACAACCUGCAUUUACGUUUCGCAGAUGAAUUCAACAAGCUGGUGGAAGACUUCCUGCAGUGAAGGGCUCCUCCCACACCUCUCCGCCCACCCUCCUCCUCCCAUCACACACUCAGUUCCCACCUGGCCCUUCCAGCCGUGAGCGCUAGUUGCAGGUGAGGGGCCGGAGACAGCACACCCAGCCCGUGCCGGGUUCCAUCUGCGGCACGAGCCUCACCCGGGCGUGGUGAGCUCUGAGUGCAGAGCCAGGAGUGAGCCCAGAGCACCGCCGGGCUGCUCCAGAGGUCGAAACAAAAUCAGUCAUUCUUCAAACCAUUCCGUGAGAGGUUUCCAGCCUUGUCUUAGUGAGUCCCUUCCUAGAUGGGCUUCAGGGGAGGAAACCUCGGUUCCCAGGUGCUGCUCCGGGAGGGAGCCGAGAAGGGCAGGGCGCCUCCGUGGGCAGAGCGCGUCAGUCGCCUGAGCCCAGGGGCCCCGAAUGGGACACAGAGAGCGCAGUCCCGGGGUAACCGCCGCACCCACAAAGGAGGGAGACCCCCUCCACCCCCAGCACCCUCCCCGAUGUUCUCAAUACUUCGGGCCGAGCUACAGGGGGAAGUCACGUUCUCUAUUCAAGCACAUUAGCGUCGAAAUCCAAUCCUGAUGAAACGACACGACCCCCUUCCCCCCCCCAUAAAAAAAAACCACUUCUCAUGCUGCUUUUAUUUUUCACUUACAAUAAAUUUUAUUUCUGUUCCGAG